AUGGAAAAGACAUCCAGCACCGCCAACGGGUCCUCUGACGCAAGCCAGUCACAAUUAGAAAACGCAAGGACAGUCGUUGCUCCUCCCUCUCAUAUUACCACUACCACCGAACCCCAGUCGCACUCCAAAGAAUCCUCGGCCACCACAUCCUUAACGCCAUCACCACACAACUCCCGCGAUACUUCGCCCUCGCGACAGCCUUCAAGGCCCACCAUCGCGCCCAAGUCGUCAUCCACCCCUGGACUGAGGUCGCGCAAAAGCAGCCAGCAGGACUUAACCGCAGUCCGCACGCCCAGGUCCAGCAGUAGCAUACCGGGUCCACCGGCUUCGUCGAGAGUUCUUUCCGCUGCUACCACUCCUACCCUCCUCCCGAACUCGCAAGAAUCUUUUCUUAAAUCCAUCAACCCCCAAAAGGUGCCUCUCAGCAUUGAGGUAACCCAAACGAGAGACAGCCCUCGCUGGCCAGUGUCGCCUCGCUUGCGCUCCCCCCCUCCUCAGCUCAACAAGCCUCAAAACCCGCCCGCGCCGCGUCGAAGUGAGCAAGAUACACCGAGAAUAAACCUUACGAGGGCCUCUCCUUCUCCCCAACCCGAUCCCCUUCCUUCCAUGUCCGGGAGCGAGACCGACGAUUCACAACUCCCCUCCGGCGUGAGAACCCCAGUUACUGCAAACGGUUCAGCUUUAGAAACAGUGCAGGAAGUGAGCUUGCCGAACUCGCCGGGACAGAUGGAUUCCACGUUGGAAAAGGUCAAUGAGAAGCUGGCCCAAGAGGCAGCUGCCAGCGCCGACAACCUCCACGCAGACGCAAACCAGACAAUUCGACGGAGCAGGGGUCCUCUCCAAGCCGCCGAGACGGGCGACAAUGGAACGCUCAAAGGGCGGUCCCAGAGCUCAGCCCCAGCACCAAAUGUGACGCGACAGCCUAGCAUGCUGUCGAACAAGCAAGGAAAGGGCAAGGCGGCGGGGGAAGGAUCCUCCCUCAUAGUCGAGACGGAAACAGUGUCUUCCAUCCCCCAGGUAGCACUAGCGCCCGCUUCUAAAUUAGAAGCUGGCGGCGGUACGUUGAAGGCGAAGCCGAGCACCGAGACGAUCCGACCCAAAAAGGAGAAGAAGAGGACUAGUCGGAAGCAACCGACCGUCAACUCUAGCAACGCAUCCUCCAAAGCAGAUAUCUUUGAGGCUAAAGUGGCCAGCGCAGUUGACGAGGCGAAUACGUCAGACUCGGAAGAAACGUUCGUAUACGAUUCUAACCCUCCUGAUGUGGGAGAUAGACGCCGGUUUCAUUCCCGAACUCCCAGCGCGACUUCGAUGGUAAGCCAAGCCGAUCGACCCGGCGGCAUGGGUAUGCGCUCGAUCCAUGAAGCUCUGCAGGGCGGCGCUGCUGCAGCCGGGCUAAAGAAGAGCAUGAAGUUUGUCAAUACGUUCAAUGGCAACGGACCCGAAAGUCUUGGUACCGAUGAAGAUGGGAAAGGCAGUGGCAGGAGUGUUGGACCUGGCUCGGGCAGGGGCACCACUAGGCACCACCACCACAAUCAUUUUGGACGGUGGGGACGACAACCUGGUAAUUCGCAUCCUUCUCUCUUCGACAACGAAUCGCUAUUCCCCAAUGCUGCACGAUCAAAGCUAUCUGGGAACACCUCAAGGCACUCUUCUGGUCCUCCAAGCCCUAGAGUCGCCAGUUCCUCUAGAGGUGGUCCGCAUGCCCUCGGAAAGCGAUCAUCGAUCCAGAUGGCUCGUUAUGAUGCUGACGACACCACUACUACGGGAGCUGAUGACGAGCGCACUCCCUUGAUAUCGUCAACAGUUCGGUCUGCGCGAAGAAGCCGGCGCCAGCCCACAAAUUUGCGAAACCUGGAAUCACAGGCAUACAGGCAACAGCCAUCUUAUUUGAAUCGGUUCGCCGCUUGUUUGGUGGUGACAAUGAUGCUACUGCUCGUCAUUACCGGCGCCAUUGGCUUUAUGUUCGCCACGUCGCAGCCGCUCACGGACAUCCAGCUUGUUUCCAUCAAGAACGUCUUGACUAGUGAUCCAGAACUCAUGUUUGACAUGACGGUCAAGGCUCACAACCCAAAUAUCGUGGUGGUGUCAAUCGAUCAGGCAAAUCUGGAGAUAUUUGCCAAGUCGCCUCGUGCAGGAACAGACUCUGACUGGUGGAGGCGACCGCAUGGUAGAAACAAGGGCGAUCUGGAUGACCCGGAGAUGCAUAUCCGGGACGAUCCCCCUGAUGACCCGCCAGACGACGAUACUGCGCCAAACAUGCGUCUGGGUACUAUUACGGAGUUUGACAGCCCGCUGUCUUUUGAAGGAUCCUUCUUUAACAAAGGUGUCUCGGCAUCAACGGGUACGAUGAGGCUUCAUCUCCCUGGCAACCAUUCUGCCGGAGGCUCCGAGCGUUGGGGUCGAAUCAUUCAAGAUGAGUUCGACUUGAUUAUCAAAGGUGUCGUUCGCUACUCUCUGCCUUUGAGCCAGCGGGUAAGAAGUGCACCAAUAUCCGGAAGAACAACGGUCAAGCCUAAUUCUGCCAACGACCCAUCACUUCGACCAAACACAACUUUGCCUGGAGAGGUACCAGGUCUUGAACCAUAG